CCCCUCGAGCGUGUUGGGAGGCUGCACGCGGGAAUGAAGAAAGUUGCUCCGAAAGUUGCUGGGAUGCCGUCAGUGUGAGAAAAUAAUAAAACCCUGUAAACAGCUUUAUGGCGGAUAUUCUCGAAGCUGUGUUUAGACGGCAUGGUGGCCUUAAUUUGCAGCCUCAGACUGGAGAGAGAGGCGUGUUUUCUCCCCGCUCUACAGAAUGUAGUUCGGUGGUCCUUGCUGUAGAAAGAGGUAUCAGUAGCGCUCUGUUAUUUCUGACAGCAGUGACGGCAGCUGCAGACCUUGACCAUAAAGUUUUGUUUUACACACAUGCUGCCAUUCAGAAGUUCCCGGUCCCUGUCAACGACUCUAUGCCAGACUUGAAACCAGACAGUUUAAAGAAAAUCAAGUUUGUGUACCGGGCAUCCCUAGAGGAGCUGCUUCUGGAUGUGGCGUCCCAGCAUGAGCUGGCGUCUGGGACUGCUGCCUCUGCCUCUGCCCCGUCUCUGGUGCUGGUGGACGGGCUGGACAGCUACCUGCAUGGCACGAGUUCUGGAGGAGGAGGAGAUUCAGCGGGUCCUCGGAAGGAUGAGUUGAGUACCACUGCACACCUGGCAGCUUUGCUGACUGACACAUCCUCAUUCCUCACUCGCAUCCAGGAGGACUUGGCCGAGAGCCGAGGUAUGGACAGGGGCACAGUGGUCCCAUGCCGUGUCAUCGUGUCUUACCACGCUGGUGCGGAGGCCAUGGCUGCUGACCCUAUUUUGGGUGUGCUGGAUCGCUACUUCCCUACACGCUGCACCUUGGUUAAGGAUGUGGACCAUUCAGCAGGUGAGGAUGUGGUGGAGCGUGAGUGGAAAGUGUAUCUGUCUGGGACUGCGGUAAGAGACGAUGGGGCAGCCAAGGAACUGGAGUGGCGUUUGGUUGUGCAUACCAGUGGUGGAAUGGAGUUUUCUCCCAUCAACAGACCAACAGAGUUGGCAGUGGAAGGGGUUUCAAAUAAAUAGCAGUUCUGCAUCUCCCUCUUUUUCUCACUUAAAGGACAUAAUCGGCUCCAUGCACUGUGAAUGUCUUAACCCAUUGAUGCCUAAAACACCUGCAGAAAAUGCCUGCUAAAUGCCUUAGCAAUUUUUGGGAAAAGGUACUGUCACUGGCAGUCUGUCAUCUUAUAAAACAUGAAUAUCAGCCUCUGAAGCACACAGAAUAAAUUGUAUUUAAAGAGCUAAGCUCAUCUUGCAUCAGAAGAACAUGUUCAUUCCGCUAUAACAUACCGACAUUUUUAAUUUAAAACAAAAAUUGGCCUAAAGGUUUGUCUUGCAGCUUCUGGCGCAAGGUUGCACUACACAGCAUCCUGCAUCAAUGGGUUAAAUGGCAAAAGGGGAAAAUGGUGAAAAUAUUGGGGCCAAGCACUGGUAAAUGGGCGCCAAAAGCUUGUCUCUUAGUUAUAAAUCCUGAUCAAUCUUUCAAGGAAAUACUUUUGACUGUAGAUAAAUGGUCUUACUUGGUAAUAAUAAUACACAAAGAAAACACAGCAAGUUGAGAUUAACUUUAUGUACUGUAGAAAAGUGUUGAAUCUGUUUGCAUGUGACAGUUUGUAUAAAAUUACAUGUUGUGUAUACAAAUCAUUAUUGUUGAAGACAAGUAAAAGUAUUAUAAGAAAUUGGGUUAUCAAAGUACAUUUUUGAACAGAUAGUACAAUAUUAAGACAAACAAUGAUCAAAAGAAAAGACAAGUAAACAACAGCAAAUACAUUAGCCUAAGUUAUAUUGAUUCACCAACAAACACUAAUAAAGGUUUUGGUUUCAUUUCCAAUGGCACUAUACUUGGUGUAGGACCUUUUGGAUUCAGCGUUUGUUAAAGUGAGGGAUUACAUUCACAAAAUUAUUUUAAAGUUUAAAUAUAUAUUUUUAGAGGUGUCCUUUGUAACUAGAGAAUAGAAUUGUUAAAUCUACAUCAAAGCUUUUGCAAGCUUGACUGACCAAAAUAUGUUAUCAUUAGAAUUAGAAUUGUAAAGAAUUACAGAAAUAUUGUAAGAAUUACAUUCAAUAUAAUAUGUUAAAACAGAAAUAAAACAUACAGAUAUCAAUUAUAUUCAUAAACAUGAAGUCCUUUUUACUGCAAACAAAGAAUCAUGCAGUGAUGAAUUCUGUAUCAGGAUCAACAUGUCUAAAUGCCCUGCCCUGGGCAACAGCAGUUCAGGUAGUUAAUCUGCGAUUACUUGUUAUGAAACAAUACCCAGGGUAGUGUUUUAAAUGCAUUAAAUGUUAAACUUGUUUAAGUAUGAGAAGCCUUUUGCCACCCUAAAGCAAUGGAAAAAUGCAGUGGCAAGAAUCUACACUCAUCUCCUCAGGUCAAAUCUGAGGCUGACAACCAGCUUGAGAAGGAAAAUGUCCUACCAUAUACUCCAUCCAACUGCACUCACAAAUAGGAAAGAUACUACUGGCUUACAAAGGGAAAAUUAAGUUCAAACUGAAAAUGGUCUUCAUAACACCUCCUUCAUCUUGUGACAAAGUGUUGUGGUCCUAAUGUGUACCCUUUUAGAGAUAUUGCUAAGUCAAAUUUGCAGUAACUACAAUAUCCAACUCAAUACCGGCUUUGAAGACCAUUUUGUCAGUUUCAGUGUUGUCGUUGUGACUGCACUUUGCUUUUGUUGGGAGGAAUAGGUAAUAGGAAUGCCCUGCUACAUCAUUGAGUUGUCCAGAGCAUGGCAGGACGUUUACCUUCUCGUCACCUACGGUUAAAACAUAAAAACAGUUACAAAUAACCAAUUAAUUUAUCAGGCCGCAAGAAUGGAAUGAAGAACCCUCCUAGCCUUUCAGAGUAGUAAGUGGGGAUGAGCAUCUCCAAGCUUCAGCCUGAAGGGAGGCCUGAUAUCACCCAACUAUUGUUUUCUGUCCUACAGUAAAUGGUUAUUUGUAUACAGCAUUGUUACUACUGCAUCACAAUAUUAUAUUGACAGCAAAAUGUACAUGCAAGCUACAUGUGCUUAUUGAACAACUAGAACAUAAAAUAACCUUGGUUAUAUUUAAUAUUUUAUGAAAAAUAACAUUCAUGAAAUCUUGCCAGGGCCCUUGCCUGGUCCUCCCAGUCUGAGCCAAACUGCCCAUUUUCAAUCUGGAAUCGAUGGUCACUGGCUCAGUAGUAAACGGGGGCAUUUGAAAGAUCAGCAUUGGUCCCAUCACUCUCAAUGGAAGGUUUGACUUCAUAAAAACGACAUUAAUCACCAUAGUAAUAGCUGCACAUCUGCAGCUUUCCUACAAUACUGGGGUGAAUUUCUCAAAACCAAAGUUGCUAACUACAUUAGCUACUUUGCAACUACCAAAGUUGCUAACAGGCUAACAACUUCUCUUUUGAGAAACUCACCCCUGGUAUAAUGUAGAAAAUGCCUCUGCAUCUACUGUAUUUUCUACUGAUGUAUCUCUUCAAAGUCAGUUUAACUCAUCAUUACAGCAAGCUGAAGUGAAUAACAUCUCAAAACUGAAGCACACAGCAGUGCCCCCAUCUUUUGGAGAAAAUCCUCUGCCACAGUCCUCCAUAGAAAGCUUAUGUUUGGUGUUUUGGAGUCGCAAGGCAUCAUCAAAUAAGGUAAGACCAACGUAAGAAACUGGACUUCUUAAAAAAAAAAAGAUGUUGCUCACAACCUAGCUCCUUAGACUACAUUGACCUUGA